GCGCUUUGUUCGGCGUCCAUAUUUGUUUUGUGUCAAAUCAUAUGUCUUUGUUUUGAUUAUUUUUGACAUAGAAUUUUUCCACAUUGGGCUUGGAUUUCAUCAAAAAUGGAUUCUGAUUCAUUUGUAUCCAUGAAACACAAUGUGGAAUUUCCAAGUAUUAACGACCAAUAUUCCUGCGGAGAAGAUUUAAUCGUCAGUUUUAAAUUUGCUGAAUAUAUGCCCCAAGAUGGUGACAGAAUAGCUAUUUUUAAGCUAGGUUGGUCUUCAGUGAGGGAUUAUGUUUGUUUUGAAUGGGCCCCGACAAAAUUAAUUGGCAAUUUAUCUAGUGUGGUCUUUAAAAAGGAUGUCUUGCCAAAAAGUUUAACAGACAUGUACCAGAUCUGUUACAUUAGCAGGGAAAAUGAGUUACAUGGAGCCAGUUCCCCAUUUCAAGUGGGAUCCAAUUUCACAAACCCCAUGACUUGUUCUUUGGAGAGCAAUAAAAAAUCUCUUAUAAUUAUAGAAAAAAAUAAGGACGAAGAAAUUCAGAGACUCCGUGAGGAAAAUCACAUGCUAGUUGAAGCUUUAAAACUUGUUGUGAGGCAGGAGAAACGUUAUGAGCAAGAUAUUAAAAGUUUAAAGAUUGUUAUUGACAGAUUAUCAAACGGUAUUACAAAUCAACAGCAAGAAAUCAAUUUAAUUAAAGCUAAAGUUUUUGAUAAUGACCAAAACAAAAUAGUGAAUAAUCUUGAAAGUCUUAAAAUACAAAAUGAAAGUAAGAUAAUAAAAGAUAAUUUAGACCUGGGGGACUUAAAAAGCAUCCCGCCAUUCCCAUUUUCUUAGGUACCUCCCUACUGAUUAAGUAGUGAUUUUGAAUAAAUUAAAUUAUUGGAUCUCAAAAGUUUUAUAUAUUUUUUUAAUUUAUAAUAUCUAUUUUUGUUUUUUUGUGUUUAUAGAUGUAUGUGUUAUUUGCAUUUAUGUAUAUAUAGAUAGGCGUGUAAUAAAUCAAUAUAAAGAAUAGAAAACUUUUUGUUUCAUUUACCAAAAUUUUAUAAUAAAUUGUUAAAAAAAUAAUCUAAUUUUAAAUG